AUGGACGGAAAGCGACAUCCAAGCUCGUUCCAGCAGCUCGAGAAGCUCGGCGAGGGUACCUAUGCCACGGUUUUCAAAGGGCGUAACAGGCAAACUGGAGAGCUCGUGGCGCUUAAGGAAAUCCAUCUCGAUUCCGAAGAGGGCACCCCGUCGACCGCCAUCCGAGAGAUUUCCUUGAUGAAGGAGCUCAAGCACGAAAACAUUGUCGGACUUCACGAUGUUAUUCACACCGAGAACAAGCUCAUGCUCGUGUUUGAGUACAUGGACGGCGAUCUUAAAAGAUACAUGGACACCCACGGCGAGCGAGGUGCCCUGAAGCCUGCCACCAUCAAGUCCUUCAUGUACCAGCUGCUGAAGGGUAUUGACUUCUGCCACCAGAACCGUGUCCUUCAUCGCGAUCUGAAGCCCCAGAACCUGCUCAUCAACAGCAAGGGUCUGCUCAAGCUCGGUGAUUUUGGUCUCGCCCGCGCCUUUGGCAUCCCCGUCAACACCUUCUCCAACGAAGUCGUCACCCUAUGGUACCGUGCCCCCGACGUUUUGCUUGGUAGCCGAACAUACAACACAAGCAUCGACAUCUGGUCUGCCGGCUGUAUCAUGGCCGAAAUGUUCACCGGCAGGCCGCUAUUCCCUGGAACCACCAAUGAGGAUCAGAUCAUCCGCAUCUUCCGCAUUAUGGGGACUCCCACAGAGCGUACCUGGCCCGGCAUUACUCAGUUCCCUGAGUACAAGCCGACUUUCCAGAUGUACGCCACCCAGGACCUCCGGAACAUUCUCCCGGCCAUUGACUCAACCGGUAUCGAUCUGCUGCAAAGGAUGCUCCAGCUUCGACCAGAGUUGCGAAUCAGUGCCCACGAGGCCCUCCAGCAUGCUUGGUUCAGUGACCUGUUGAUGCACCCCCAGCAACAACAGCAACAGCAACAGCAAGCUCUUCAGGCACAGGCCCGUGCCUAUCCCCAGUCGGUCCCAGGUCAAGGUUUCGAUGCCUACUAG